UUUUUUUUUUUUUUUUUACUUUUUUUCUUUUCUUCUUUAACCCAAAAAACAACAAACCAUUUUAUACAAUAUAAAAAAAUCAGCAGUUGGUUUAAUCACUCUUUAAACAACCAACUCUCUUUUUUUACAAUACAACACCCACUAUACUUUCCUUUACAACAACAAAAAACUUUUUUUUUUUACCCACUUUCCUUUUUACAAGAUGAACAAUACCAUUGAGACUGAAUUCGGCUUUGAUGAAUACAUCAUGCCCACUACUUAUUCCACCAUGGCAAAACUUGAAUCUUAUGAUGCGCAAUUGUAUCCUUCAGCUUUUGGUUACUAUGGAGACAACAAUGGAUUAGAUACGAGCAACCCAAUCAUGAUGACACCUGCUAGUUACGAGUUGUACCCUAUUGAAGGACAACAACAACCACAACAGCAACAAGGAUCCUCCAGCCCUGAAUCCAUGUCUUCUCGCCUUUCGCCCACGCCCUUGUUAUCCCCUCAUCAUCAUGCCAGCAUCACUGAAAAGAUUGCUCAUGUGAACAAGUUACCCGAAUCCUUUUUACCCGAGUUUCAUCAAUAUUCCAAAGAGACAUACGAGAAUGGGUCGUCCAACAAUAAGAAACGCAAGCGAACCAAGGAAGAAGGAACAACAGGAGAACCUAGUUUGACCAAUUGUAGUAGCAGCAGCUCAGAUUUGGACGAAGAUGCCGAUGGCGUGACUGCCCAAGAGGUCCGUCGUCAAAUCCAUAUCCAGUCUGAACAAAAGAGACGUGCUCAGAUCAAGGAUGGUUUUGAGGAGUUACGUCAGCAUUUGCCUGGUUGUGUCAACAAGAAGAUGAGCAAAGCCGCUUUAUUACACCGCACUGUCCAACAUUUGCAACACUUGAAAAGAAACCAGACUUCUUUAUUGGCUGAAUUAGAACGCAUGAUGAGCGAAAAUGAACAAUUGAGAAAAUUCCAAGAGUCUGUCUUGCAAAAACAGGCUCUUGAAAGAAUGUAUCAAAUGGGCAUGUAAAUCAAACACUCCCCAUUUUUUGUCAUUUUUAUACCUUUUUCUUUUUUAUUCUGUACUACGUUCUCUAUGUCUCUCACUCUCAAUCUUCUCACACAUCCCCCCCCUUUUUUUUUUCUUCUAUUUAUUUAUGCUUGUUUUCUAUUAUACAAUCUUUUUUUCUACACUUGCCCCCUCCCAUAAAUUUUUUUUUCCUUGAAUAAAAAAAAAGCUCUUUUUUUUUUCUUAA